AUGUCCACUCGCAAAAUUCUCGUCACUGGUGCAACAGGCAAGCAAGGAGGAGCUGUUGUUGAGGCUCUGCUCGCAAAGCCUCCUCCCUACGAUUUUCAAAUCCUCGCCCUCACUCGCAAGAUCACCUCCUCUGCAGCCAAAGCUCUUGCAGCCAAGCAAAAAGUUACACUCGUUGAAGGCGAUCUUGGCGACCCCGGAAGCAUCUUCACAAAGGCCGGGGGGGUGGGCUCAGUUUACGCAGUCUUUUGCGUCACAUUACCCUCACUCAAGAAGAACACUGAGAACGAGGAAACCAGGCAAGGGAACAAUCUCAUUGGUGCUGCAAUCGCCCACGAUGUGAAACACUUUGUCUAUUCUUCUGUCGAUCGUGGAGGGCCAACUCAAUCUGAUUACCAAACCGAAAAGCACCUGCAGGAAAAGUCUCUAAGUUGUGGAAUGACCUACACAAUCUUACGCCCCGUUGCCUUCAUGGAGAAUCUGACUCCCAACUUUGGUGGGCGCAUGUUUGCCACCAUGUGGAAAAGUAUGGGAACAAAGAAGCUGCAGAUAAUCUCAACCCAUGACAUCGGAGUCUUCGCUGCCCAAGCAAUAUCUUCUCCUGAGACCGAUGACUACAGGAACACGGCAAUCAGCUUGGCUGGUGAUGAGCUCACCCAGGCAGAGGCCAAUGAGGUCUUCUGGAAAGUGCUAGGCCGCCCAAUGCCCCUCACGUACGGAUUGUUGGGCACGCUGCUCCAAAAGGCUAUCCCCGAACUUGGCAUAAUGUUCAAUUGGUUUGUCAACCAUGGAUAUGGUGCCGAUGUUGCUCAGGGCCGUUUGUUGAACAGUGAGCUUCUUGACUUUGAGGCUUGGCUACGAGUAAAAAGCGGUUUCAAGAGGUGA